CAACCAGUGCUAGAACGGUCGUCGAUACAAGCAGAUGUGCGCAGUGCCAGACCAGGCACACACUAGUGCCGAUCCGACCUAUCCGUAGAACCAAUCUAAUUCAAGCGGGAAGAAGAAAGUGAAGCCGUUCGUUUUAGUGCGAAACACGUUACGUAGUGCGUCGCAAGAUUUGGAUAAUUUUGGCAAAUUCACCAACCGGCUGGUUGGCGGUGUGAGUCAUUUCCUUCUAGUUGUGAUAAUUGUAACGAUUUGGCCGGUACCGACGACAAGUCGCGUGAUAGUCAGAAGUAAACCAGUAGAACAUCCCAUUAUUAACGUGCGUGUGUUCUAACGAACAAGUUCGGGCGAAAAUUUCCAUUUAUUGAGAUUCCAAUCUUAGGUGUGUGCAAAGGAUCUCAUCUCGGAAUACGGUGAGAUACGUAUCGGCUCCCAACAACCUGCUAUGCAACGAAUUUCGCGUUACAUUUUGCCAGUCUAAUUAGUGAGUUCAGUGCAUUGGUCGUUAUCGGCAAACCAGAUUCUCAGUAAUUCAUCUGUGGGUGGAAAAGUGCGCUAUCAUCCGGAGUCCAUUGGUUCUCAUCAGUGGAAUGCGUAGACCAUUGGCGGGCUUGGGUCCACUGCACGUGACAUUGACAUUGAGUCCGCUGGCGAAAUUGACGGUCGAUCGAGUUGGCAGCAGCACCACGUUCUGUCUGUGUACCCAACUAAUUCGGUAGCAACAAUAUAUGUACCAUUUGCUGUGAAACCAGUGCCAGUGCAUCGACGCCCGUACCGGUGGAGAUCUCAACCACAUCACAUCCCUCCAUCAUAAACAUACACCGUCCAGUUUGGGACGUACAACUGACCGAACAACAGUGCUUCGUUUUGUUUAAGUCGUUAGUUUUUACACGUUACUAAGUAGCUAAGUCCAUAAGAUUAUCAGAAUGCAUUUCAAAGAAGUCUGCAACCGCCGGUGCAUUCUGACGACGGGCGGUAUCUUUCUGUUGACGUUUGGAGUGUUCUUCACGUUCUGCUUCAUCUCCAUUUUCCGGGACAUUCUCUAUGAGGAGCUGAAACUCCGUCCGACGUCUCGGGGGUACGACGCGUGGGUUACACCACCCUUCCCCCUCUCGAUGGACGUGUACUUUUUCAACUGGACCAAUCCGGAGGAUUUGAAAAACCACAGCACCAAACCGAUCCUGGAGGAACUGGGUCCGUACCGGUUCACCGAGCGACCGGAGAAGGUGGACAUCGUGUGGCACGAUCGCAACUCGACGGUCAGCUAUCGGAAGAAGAGCGUCUACUUUUUCGAUGAGGAAGGAAGCAACGGCUCGCUGGAUGAUGUGAUAAGCAGCAUCAACGUGGUGGCACUGUCGGCAGCAAACCGAGCCCGCAGUUGGGAUUAUAUUCGCCGGAAAACCGUAUCGAUGGGUCUCAAUCUGUACGAUCAGGAUGUGUACGUGGCCAAAACGGCCGGAGAACUGCUCUUCGAUGGGUACGAAGACAAUAUGGUUCUCAUGGGCAAGCAACUAUUCGACGCCAGCGAGGUGCCGUUCGAUCGCGUCGGAUGGUUCUACACGCGCAACAAUUCAGCGGAUCUGAUUGGACACUACAAUGUUCACACCGGGGUUGACGACAUCGCGAAGAUCGGAUCAAUGGCCGAGUGGAACUACAAACCACGGACGAACUUCUUUGCCGAACAUUGCGGAAUGCUGAACGGAUCAGCUGGAGAGUUUUAUCCACCGAACCUAUCCAAAGAGGUACCGAUUCAGCUGUUCACACCGGAUAUGUGCCGCAGUUUACCGCUGGACUUCGAAAAGGAGGAAGUGGUUGCAGGAAUCAAGGGGUACAAAUACGCUGGAGGUCCCCGAACGGUAGACAAUGGUACACUGUUCCCGGAAACGGCUUGCUUCAACAGUGGAGAGAUUGUGCCGUCCGGAGUGCUGAAUAUUUCAGCUUGCCGUUUCGGAACGCCGGUAUUUAUGUCAUUUCCCCAUUUCUACGGAGCCGAUGAGUUUUACUUAAAUCAGGUGGAGGGGUUAAACCCGGACAAAAGUAAGCACCAAUUCUACAUGACAAUGGAACCGACUACAGGAAUUCCGCUGGAUGUAGCAGCUCGAUUCCAGCUAAAUAUUCUCAUCCAGUCACAUCCCAGUAUUGCUCUCUACGAGGACGUCCCGCGCAUUUUCCUGCCGGUAUUAUGGUUUGAGCAGCAUGUCACCAUGAAACCGGAGUUCACCGGUGAGAUAGCCCAAGCUCUCAGCAUACCGACGACGGCCCGCAUCUGCGGCAUAGUGAUGAUAGUCCUCGGGGCCAUCAUGGUCGCAUGGAUCCCCGUCGAACGACUCAUGUUCCGCAACCGACGACGAGACGUCGUGACCGAUACCAGCACCGAGAAAGUGCUACUGCAACAGAAUCUUGCCAAAACAACGAUCCUUGUGCCGGAGAAGGAAAAGGAAGCGGCGGGCGACAAGCUGUCCACCAUCGUCGAGGCGCAUCCGUUGAUCGAAUGCAAAACCGUACGACUGGGUGAAAAUGGAACCACCAAGACGUAAAAAUGCUCCCGCAAUUCGAAUGGGCAUCAGAUGUGAAAUUCCACGAAAAGAAAGACUUCCUCCAUCGCCAGCUUUCGGAGAGGGGCAGAUGGAAUAAACAAGUUCUCCGAGUUUUCCGUUUGAUUGUAUGAGAGUGUUUGUGGCCAAUAGAAAUAAAAGGAAUCAUCCCAUUAACUAUUUGUGAAGGAGUCACAUUCUUCGUCAGCCAUUAGCUACUACCAAAUCCUAAUCGUAAUGAAAACAGGGCAAACGAAGAUUCCUCGUUUAGAUUAAGAGCCACCGUAUGAGGGGCACGUUGUUGCGAAAAAUCUGUUUCCAAAGUUAAGACUAGAUUAAGAAUAUGUAAGUAGGAGUUACAUGGUGACCAAACAAAGUGCCAGAGAUUUAAGCCUUUAUGAACUAUACACAUCACGACAGGGAAGUAAAUAGACCUAAUGGACCACUUCCUCCGACGGAAUGUGGGAAGGAAGACAACCAAUUUUUGUUACUCUUUUAUAUAUAGAAACGAUAUUCCAAUAUUGUACACGCAACGAGUUGAAGCCAGUCGUUUUUGAUUGUAUAAAAACGGCACAAAAGACAUUGUUACAAAUAUGAUAUGAUAUCCAUUAUACAUAGAAAAGCAAUGAAAUUGAAUAACUUGCAAAAUAAACAUAAUUACCAAAAAAAAAA